AUGGAUUUGUUGUGUUGCGAAUCGCCGUCUCUGAGCGUGGCGCAAAAGGAUCCUGCUCUGCUGUCCGAUGACCGGGUGUUUACCACUAUGCUGCAAACGGAAGUUCGGUACCUGCCCAAACCCGAUUACUUGCGGCUAAUGCAGAAGGAGAUCACGCCCGACCUUAGGAAGCUCGUCGUCGACUGGAUGUGGGAAGUUUGCGAACAGAAAAAGUGUCAAGAAGACGUAUUCCCGUUGGCAAUCAACUAUAUGGAUAGGUUCUUGUCUCUCAAACCGAUACAAAAAAAGCACCUACAGCUGUUGGGCACCACUUGUCUUAUGGUAAGCUCCAAGCUCCGUGAGUCCGACUGCUUGUCCGGUGACCUCCUGGUCUUGUACACUGACAACACAAUCACGGCCGAAGAUCUGCUUACGUGGGAGCUGCUCCUGUUAAGCAUCCUGAAAUGGGACGUGUCUGCCAUUACAGCUCAUGACUUUCUAUGGUAUAUACUUAAAAGACUGAAUUUCUUGGACCCAGCCAAAGCGUACGUGGACGUUGUUAUUAAACACUGCGGAACGGUCAUCGGCAUGUGUGCCAGAGAUUAUAACUUUUGUUCGUACCAGCCAAGCAUUAUAGCGGCGGCCAGCAUUGCAGCCGCUCUGAAUGGACUAGACUACACGUCCGUCAACAAGUUGGAUUUGUUCACUAAACUUAACCACAUCACCGGGUUGAAAAGUGAGUACCUGAAGACUUGUCAAGAGCGAAUCGAAGAGAUGGCAAAGACGCACAAACGAGAACGCAAAGAGCUGGAGUUUGGAAUGUACGUCAAACCGUACACCAAGACCGCCAUGGUCGAAGACAUUAUAUAA